AUGUCACGCCAAAUGGGAGCCGUUCGGAGACAAGACCCUCUUACGCAAGACCGUGGAAUCAUUAUCAGGGUAUCAUUACUGGAAAAAACUGAGGGUGACGAAACCGCAGAAGAUGAAGAUGAAUCUUUCAAGCAGUCAUGUCGUUCGCAAACACCAUCUAUCGUUGUCGGCAUCAAAGUCGUCACGCAAUACAGUACCACGGCUCCAGAAGAGGAACGAAAUCGGACUGGAUAUGGAUUUCGAAUGAACGCCAUAAAAUUCGUCUCAUACUAA